CGAUAAAUCACGGCCAAUUUCUUCCCGCUUUUAAGACGGCUGAUCGAUUUGGAUUCACGCUGAAGCUUGUCGUGGUUAUGCUUCAUCGAUACUACUUGCUGCGCGAGAAACUGUAACGAACGAGUGAUCGGAUGACGCAUCUAUUCGGACUUAGAAACUGAUAGAUUUGAUUGAAUACGUGAGUAGAGGGAUGAGCACAUACAGAGCACUCCGCUUCUUGUAACCCAAGUAGUGAUGCAUAUCAGUGUAAGCACAACCGUGACUAAUACACAAAGAACGCCAGCGUGAAGCCGCGAACGUGAGAAUCGCGCGCGUAAAACUGAUGCUUACUAAACGCACUGUCUCCCCGUAACUUUGGUAGUGGGCCCAACCAUCGAGAAUGCACUUGGCUGUGUGAACAAUAGUUGCUCGUAAAACAGUUGUGCAAUGGCCGUGGCACGGCCGUCCGGCGUCGCCGUUUAACUACUCGAUUUUACUCCUUAAUUUAUUAUCUUUUCUUUCUUUUUUUUUACGCCGAAAUUGUUACGAUCGCCCCAGAUCGCGAUCAUGUCAUCGAGGAAAGAAAUCAAGACGACUGAGCAGGAGCUUGCUUAUCGUCAAAAGCACUGUCAUGACAUUAGAGUUCUCAAGGAGAGAGGUAUAAAAUGUUCUUCAUGUGGCAAUGAAUUAAAUGUCUCGUCAAAUCGAAUCUUUUCUAAUCCGUGGAUAGGAAUAUUGCAAUGUGAGCAAUGUCGAAAACACUUUAAGGAAGUAAGUACGAGAUUUGAAAAGAAUAACACUGAGAAAUAUUGUUAUAUAUGUGGUAACAGCAAUAAACUGUAUGUAUGUGGUGAUGAAGAUUGCACCUCGGCAUUUUGCAAGAAAUGUAUAAAGAGAAAUGUGAGUUUAUCAUUGUUAGCUGCAGAAAAGGACGAUUGGAAAUGCUUCACAUGCAAUCCUAAGCCUAUUUGGCAAUUGAGAGCUGUGUGCGCAGUUGUGAUGAGUGAUCUUUCAAAAGGGCAUAACAGGAGAGACACCCACACACGUGAAAAACAUACUUUGCCAUUUGACAAACAACGAUUCAGAAAAACUAGAGAAAUACAAAAGGCCUUGAGCGCGUUUUGUGACGAAGACGAUGAUGACGGUAAUUAUUCUGACAACAGCUCAUUUCUUACUGCAAGAUCUACAAUAUCUAUGCUGGGAGCGUGUAACACAAAUCGUGACGUAAAGAGACAAGAUACAAACUCGGCUUCGCGAGAAAGUAUAUUGGAAAUAAGCUUGGUAGAUUCUACGUCUAGCGAGAGCUCAUCUAGCUCGCGCGAACGACGAGGCGAGCAAAGAAAAAGCAGAGAGCGCGAGAAAGCGAGAUCGGUGGAUGAACAAGAUUCCAGCAGCGGCGUCGCACAGAGAGUUUCCAAAUUAGCUAUGAAUGGAAAAUGUAAACCAAGGAGAAAUGUAAUUUCUUCCGAUGAUUCGGAUGACGAGUCCCCCGAUCUGAGUAGAACGGUCAGACAGAAGCACACGGUCAAACAUAAGAAGUCCGAAGAAGUGAGAAGUAAAACGAGCAAUCGUAAUUACACGAACUCUUCCGACAGCGAGAGCGAUUGUGUAAACGAAACGUCGAAUACAUCCAAGAGUCUUUCAAAGUAUACGGCGCACCAGAAGAAGGGAAAGAUCGCUGGUGGUUCUUGUAGCACGAAGUCGGCUAAGGACAAACAGAAGAAGAUGAAUCACGAUUCAUCUAACGAAUCUGAAGAUGAUCUCGAGCACAAGAAGCAAACUAAAAAGAAGAGUUCUACGAAUAAUACGCUGCAUAGUAAGGAUGAACAAAAGCAAGAGAAUCGUGAAAAAUUGCUGAAGAGAACCUUUUGCGAGACUCGAGAGGAUGACUCAGACGCCAGCUCUGGUAAGGAAUUUCAAAAGAUAAAAAUUCAAAAGUUGCAUAGCGAUAAAUAUUCUAAAAGGCAAUUGUUCAAUUUGGAACAAGAUCGUAGCAAGUUAACUAACUUGGAGACCGAAAAAGGUGAGAGGAGUAUCGAUGAGCCGACGACCUCGGGUUUCAAUGAAGCAAAAGAAAUUUUGAAAGGAUGUAAAAAGAUAUGUCUAAGUUUUCUAAUGUACAUAGACUCUAUAGAGCAACUCUAUGGAAAGAAGGCUGAAGAAGAAGUGAUACUGAAAUCUGCGGGGAAGGUUAAUAAAUUGAAGACGAUGCUGGAGAAGAAGGAAAGGGAUUUAACGACUUUCUGUCAAUCGUGCUCCAAGACUAGGGAAAAUCGCGUUGCUACGAGAAAUUCGCGCAAGAUAAUUAGCGAUGACGACGACGAUGAUGAGCAAGUUUCAGAAAUAACUGAUACACGCGAAGAACGCCCAAUGAGUGAGAACGGACGUAAUUCUGGGAACGAGCGAGAGGGCAAGGACGUGUCCGAGUGUGACAGUGAAGAAAUAUUUUCAGCAGACGAGAUGAGAACACCUCAGAAGAUGCAAAGCAAGAAGAGUAUAUCGAGGGUAGAAGAUGAUCCCGAUGAUAUCACUACUGAAAUUGGCAAAGACAGAAUGCCGAUAGAUAAAUCGAAAACUAAUGAUAAUGUGGAUUUACAAGAUGAAAAAUCAGCUGCAGUAUCAUCUAUCUCAAAAGAAAAAAAUAUCAGAACGGAAAACACAAAAUCAAAUGAAAAGCAACUGCUUAGAGAAUGUGAUAGCAACAGCAAAAGGACAGAAUUGGCAGAAAAAGAUACUGAUUCGAAAGAUGAGAAACAGGCCAAAUUAAAUGCUAACAAUCAUGAUAAUGAAAGCACCUUUGAAGAUUCCUCUGCAAAAAAUGGUAAUCAGGAAACGACAUUACGGGGUGACAACCAAGAUGAUUCUAUAAGCAGAACGGUUGCAAUUGACGUGUCAUUAGAUUUGUUUGAUUCAUCUUUCGACCUCCACGACGAAGAUGAAAAUGAGAUGGAAGCAGAAAAAAUGGAUACAGAAACGAGCUGUGAGAAAACAAAGUUUUUAUCUAAAACUACGUCUUUAGAUACUCGUGAAACCUCGUUGCAGGAUAAAAUUCCAGAUGAAAAAAAUAAUGCGUCUGCUUUGGUUCCUAGAGGCGAAGAAGAGGAUUUAUCGAAUCAGGUAAACACGGUGUCUGCAUGUACAAGCAAGGAAACAAUUCACGACGGUUCAAAAGAAAUUGAUACAUCUAAAGAAAUGAGUCUCGGCGAUGUCAACAAAUCUGUCGAUGAGGCUGAGAUGUUAGCGAAGAAAGCUUUAUUAGAAUCGGACACGGAUUCUGACACGGAUACGGUCAUUAAUAAAAACAUUACAAAACAAACGGAAGAUUUAAUUACAGAUACCAGUCCGAGGAAAGAUGAAACAGAAGGUUGUUCUGACGUCAGUAGCACUACCAGCACAGUAAAAUUAUCAACAUUUGCAAAAUCAAAAAUUGACACUACAAUUGAAGUUACCGAUGCAAGUGAAGAAAGCCAAUUGGAUAAAACGGCUGGCAAAGAGAGUGAAAUUUCUCAGACUUCAGAUGAGACAAAUGCCAAGAAAGAACAAGCUGCGAAGAAAGCUCUUUUGGAAUCAACUUCAGAAGACUCGUCGUCGAUAAUUUUAUCGUCGCUAGAAUCGGAAGAAAUCGAGGAGAAGAGUAGAUUGGAUGUUGCCAGAGAAAAUGCCGAAGCAAAGAAGGCACUUUUAGCAUCUUCGAAUAGCGAAAGUUCCGGGCUCGUGUCCGAAACCGAAAUAAAUAUCUCAAAGAGAAUGACAAAAGCGAAAGAUUACGAGGCCGACAGUGACGAAGAUUCAUUGAUCUCCAGAGUGAAAAAGAGAAGACUGAAACUUAGCAAAAAUUAUCACUACAAAAAAGACAAGAAAUUGAGAAUGUUCUGCGAAGUGUGCUUAGAAAGAUUAAGCGAUAAUGUCCUUAAGCGUUAUUCGAAAACGUUAAAAGAGUCAAGAGAAUAUCUGGAACAAAAGGCACUAAAAAGCCUUAUUAAUCUGGAUAGACUUGAAAAACGAUACAAGAAAAAUAAAAAGAUAGAUUCCGAUACGUCAACGGAUGAUGACAAAGCUGCAAAGGUUUUAAAAAGCUUAAAUAAACGAAAAGGGAACCAAACCAAAGAAGAAUCGUUAAUGGAUCACUUAAAAAAAAUCGAGAAUGAUGAGGUUUCGGCAAUCGUACGAACAGAUUCUAGCUCCGACGAAUUCAUUCAUCAAGUAAACGACAUAAAUGCUACGCCUGUGUCUAACGAAGCUUUAAUGUCAGAGGCAAAUAAGGUUGCGAAAGACAAUCUAUUAAAAUCCUCUGAUUCAGAUGCUGGGGGAGAUGUACUAAACAGUGAGGAUGAUAUAAGUAAUGAUGAUAAAAAGCUAGAAGAUAAGAAAAAGAAGCAUCAGAAGAAAUCCGAUGAGAAAACUUUAAAGCAAGAUGAUGGCAAGAAAGAGAAAACUAAUAAAAGUAAUUGGAGGCAAAAUAAGUUAUUAACGAUGAAAUUUUCCGAUACUGAUUCUGAUAACGAAAAGAAAAAAUGGGAUAAAAAACAAGAGAAAAUGGCAAAAGGAUCCGAAAGAAAUAGCAGCGACACCGACGAUGAAAAAGCACGUCUAACGUCCAAGAAGAAAAAGAUCAAGCGGAGAAUUUUAGAUUCUGAUUCAGACGUCAAAUUGACUGACUGCAGUUCAGAUUCUAAUAACAUUUCGGAAACUUCAAAGGAUGAAGAAAAUUUAAGCGAUUCAGACGCGAGGAAAGAAAAGCAAAAACGAAAGAGACGCAAGCGCGGGGAGAGUAAUUCAUCAGGCACGGAUUCCUCGUUUCAAGAAAAAAAAUCAAAACCAAAACGCAAGCGGAUCAAGAAGAUGGCAUCGGACAGCGACAGUAGCGACGGGGAUAUGAAAAAUUCACAAGGAUCUACACCUGGUAAAAGUGGGCGGAAAAAUAUUCGCAAAGUUCUGAAGGACAAACAAGUAGCGGAGGAUACGAAGCUAGCCGCUAAGGAAGAGGAAGAGAGGCUUAAACGUAUCGCUGAACGUCAGGCUUUGUACAAUGAAGUAUACGAGAUGAGACUUGCUGGCGAGGAGAAAGUGGAUAAGCUCGUUUUAGAUUUUAAUACGGAGACGAAAGAGGAGCUUAUUAGCGUACAUAAGGAAUUAGUAAAAUGCUUAAAGCCGCAUCAGGCGCAGGGCAUCAAAUUUAUGUGGGAUGCCUGUUUCGAGUCUAUAGAAAGAGUGAAAACUACAUCCGGCUCCGGAUGUAUAAUCGCACAUUGCAUGGGCCUGGGCAAGACGCUACAAGUAGUCGCGCUGACGCACGCGCUUCUGACUCACGAGGCGACAGGUGUUAAGACCGUCCUGAUAGUUUGUCCCUUGAGCACAGUGCUCAACUGGUUAAAUGAGUACAAUACGUGGCUGAAGAAUUUGGAUGAUAUCAAUGUGUACGAGCUGACAAAAUUUAAAAAGAACUUCGAGAGGAAGUACCAGCUACAGAAUUGGCAGCAAACCGGCGGUGUAAUGAUCCUCGGCUACGACAUGUUCCGCAAUCUUACGGGACCAAACAAAAAUAUUCGGAAGGCUAUGAAAGAGGUGAUACUGGAAUGUCUGGUUGAACCGGGUGCUGAUCUCGUUGUAUGCGAUGAGGGUCAUUUAUUAAAGAACGAGGAGACUGCACUGAGUAAAUGCAUGAGAAGAGUGAAGACUAUGAGACGUAUAGUACUUACGGGAACGCCUCUACAAAAUAACUUAAUAGAAUAUCACUGCAUGGUACAGUUCGUGAAACCUAACUUAUUAGGUACGAGGAAAGAAUUCUUAAACAGAUUUGUCAAUCCGAUAACGAACGGUCAAUUUGAUGAUUCUACCGCUUAUGAUGUUAAAUUAAUGAAAAAGCGUGCGCAUGUGUUGCACAAAAUGUUAGAGGGUAGCGUGCAAAGGUUUGACUACUCUGUCCUUACACCGUUCCUACCGCCUAAACAGGAAUUCGUGAUCUUCGUCAGAUUGACAGACAUACAGAUGAAGAUGUAUCAAUAUUACUUGGAUAAUUUAGCAAGACGUCAUCAUUCUGGUGCAGGGGGAACCCUUUUUGCAGAUUUUCAGGCAUUGCAAAGAAUCUGGACGCACCCUGUAGUUUUGCGUUUGAAUGCAGAAAAAGUUGAGAAAGCAAAUGAGAAAAAAGGACUUUCUGACUCGGAAGGAUCAUUAAAAGAUUUUAUUGAUGAUGGCAGUUUAUCAAGCAGUAGUAGCAGCGACUCGCACAGUGACAGCGAUGUUCAAGCUCUCGAUGAUCAAGACAAUGUUCCCAAACGUAGGACAAGGAAUAAUCCUGGUGAGGAGGAACCAGAAGAGGAAACUAAGGAAGAAGAGAAUAAAGAAGCAGAAUGGUGGUCGCAAUUCGUACAACCCGAACACUUCGAGGACAUAAGGGUGUCUGCUAAAUUAACACUUCUCUUUGGAAUUCUAAAGGAAUGCGAGCAGAUUGGCGAUAAAGUGCUCGUGUUCUCGCAGUCUUUGUAUUCCCUCACUUUGAUCGAGGAAUUUCUCGCGAGAAUAGACGACGAGACGCAGAAAAACGCAUCUUUGGAUACACUGGAAAAUCAUACUGGAAGCUGGUCCCUGGGCCUCGAUUAUUUCCGGUUGGACGGUCAGACGUCACCCGAGAAUAGAAGCAUGUGGUGUAAAAUAUUCAACAAGCCUAACAAUAUAAGGGCGAGAUUGUUCCUUAUAUCCACGCGCGCCGGAGGAUUGGGGAUAAACCUGACCGCGGCGAACAGGGUGAUCAUAUUCGAUGCCAGUUGGAAUCCCUCUCACGACGUGCAAAGCAUAUUUCGGAUAUACAGGUUCGGGCAAAAGAAGCCGUGCUACGUAUACCGAUUUCUCGCAGCGGGCACGAUGGAGGAGAAGAUUUACAAUCGCCAGGUCACGAAGCUCUCGCUUUCCUGCCGAGUUGUCGACGAGCAGCAGAUUGAACGGCACUACAGCAAUCACAACCUAAACGAGCUAUACAUAUUUGAGCCGUACGACAACGUGGACAAGCCUAUCGAGCAGAGAUUCAAUAUCCCCAAAGAUCGUCUACUGGCAGAGAUAUUUCAGAAGUAUCAGAACAUCAUAGAAAAUUAUCACGAACACGAUUCUCUCUUGGAGAAUAAGGCUGAAGAGGAACUGGACGAGGAGGAGCGUAAGCAAGCCUGGUUAGAGUAUGAGGAAGAGAAGAAGGGAAGACCAAUGAUAAAUCCGACAAUAAAUUCAGCUUAUCAGAAUAACAUACUGUUGCAGCAGUACAAUAUGAUGAUGAAUUCUGGACAGUCCAGCAUGGUAUCUCCAGGAAUGUCUCUGCAAAUGGAAUAUGAAAAUUUGCAACAGCUUAUCCGCAAAGAUUAUCCUAAUGCUACGCCGGAACAACAGAAAAUGAUGACAAAUCGAGCCAUAAUGGAAAUGUACAAUUACUGGGAGAAGCAAGCUACAUUAGGCAAUACAUUCCCACCUGCAAGGAAUCUGACAACAGUGACACAGACGAACUUCCAACAAAGGCCAAUGCCGAUGUCACAUACCAUGACCAACAGCAACGUACAACAACAGCAAACCUCGCAGUUGAGCCAAUUGCUUGCAUCGGGGCAAACAGGGAAUUACGUGAACAAGUCUGUACAGCCGAACGUGGCACAAAGAGAUAUGCUACCAAACAUGUAUCGAAAUGCUCCAUCGACCAACAGCGCCGGGAAGGCCGACGACGACAUAAUCGAGGUGAUACCUACCACCAGUAACGCGGGUACGCUGAAAGUAGGGCAAGUAGCGAUGCAAUCGACCAUGCAAUCGACUAAUAAGAGCAACAACCAGGAGGAGUAGGUUUCCUCUACGAAUGAUUUGUACGAAUUAUCCUACAGUAGCGUUACUGAUAAGUGAUCGACGUAUCGUUAAAUUAUAGACUAUGAUGUAAGUUGUAUACGAAUAUAUAGUUUUUAUUUCCAUGUUUUAUGUAAUAUAUAUAUAUAAAAAAAGGAAUUGUAGUAUUGAAAUUAAUUAUAAUUAGUUUUAUAUGCAUACGUAUUGUUAUACAUUUUAUAUUUUCAAAAUUCUACUGUACAGACGAUGCGAUGCGGCAUGAUACAGUCAAAUAGAUCAGUAUAUCACAAAAUGCAGUAUCUUAUGACUAGCAAGACUUGUGCAAGGUAUAUAGAUAAACAUCGUACAUCAUAUAUUUUAACCUAUUAUUAAAGUACAAUUAUUGAAUUUGUACCAUUAGUUAUUAGAUGUACAUAGUGUUUUACUUUCUAGAUAUUUGUGAUACGCAUACUACUAUACGCAUACUAUAUACAUACAUCACUUUUGCUUCGCGAGUUCUUUUCGCAUUUGUCUUGCGUUUUGAUUGAACAAUUAUUAUAUAGUUUAUCAUUUCUCAUUUUCUAAGAACCGUUGGAAUGUCGUUGGUUUCCGAGAUAAAAAUCUUCCCCGUAAUACCUACCUGUUGUUAUGUCGUAAUAUAAUCUCGUUAUCAAGAGCUAAACAAAUAAUUUCGCUACCAUAUUUAUUGUUAAGUGAGAUUUCAUUGCUGCUGAGAUAUUUAAAAUAUUGUUUGCUGUUAACUGAUAUUACAUUCAUAUUACAUUCAUUAUGCUAUAUUACUUUGAAAAUGUCAGUAUAAACGUUUUAAUUUACUAAAUAGAAAUACCACAAUUAGUUUAAAGUUAUACUUUGAAAUUGUGUAAAACAAGGUUUUCCUACAUAUUACAUAUAUAUUACAAGCGUAUUUUAUAAAAAUUUUUGGUCUUUUGUAAUAAACUAUGUUAUAUAAUCGA